CGAAGCGAACCGCAAUAGAAAAAAAGAAGGAAAAACAAAAAACGCCUUCUCGCUUUCACUCUCUUGCCUGUCGUUUUUCUUGCAUCGAAAAAGAAACCGAAAAAGGAAAGAAAACGCAACGCCUCUCUGUCUCUCUCUCUCACACACAUAUGAGGUGUUGCUUGGGCAUUGUUUACCGGACAAAUCUGGAGUGAUUCAUUUCAUAUUUCAUUAUCAUUUCAAAGGAAUCGGCACAUGUUCCGUUUGUUUUUCUUGUACCCUUUAAUCUUUUACUGAGACAAGGAUUUUAUACGGUUUGCUGCUUUGCUUUAUUUCCGCCCUUUGUUUUGGGGCGUUAAAUUUAUCGAGACCCAGUUGGGAACUGGCGGUGGAGAUUGCUCUAAUCGAGAUAAAUCAUGUCCAAGCGGUCUGAAACCCUAUGAAUCUGAAAUAUAGAGAAGCUGAGAAGCUUUUGAUCAUGGAGGGGGAAACGUCAUGGGUCAACCAUUGCUUUGAUGACACAGCACGAGAUGUUGCUGAGUUUGAUUCAUUUUCAGAACUCAGUGAUGAAGGCAAUAGAGAAACUGAUGUGGUUUCUGUUGACUUAAUUCUGCCGGAUGACCUGUUGGAACGAAUUUUAGCAUAUCUUCCCAUUGCAAGUAUAUUUAGAGCAAGUUCUGUAUGCAAAAGAUGGCAUGAGAUUGUCAGUUCUACAAGGUUUUUAUGGAAUUUUUCGCAUUUCCUAUCACAGAAACCUUGGUAUUUUAUGUUUACAAGCUCCGAUGAAGCAGUGGGAUAUGCUUAUGAUCCUGUUCUUCGAAAGUGGUAUAUCAUUGAACUCCCUUGCAUACAAGCACCCAAUUGGUUCAUUGCUUCUUCGUGUGGUUUGGUUUGCUUCAUGGACAAUAAUAGUAGAAGUGAGUUACAUGUCUGCAAUCCUAUCACAAAACAGUGCAAGAAACUCCUGGAGCCCCCUGGUUUGAAAUUUCCUGAUUAUAGUGCCCUUGCAAUCUCUGUGAAUAGGAUAUCACAUGGUUAUACCAUUUCAAUUGUGAAGUCUAAGCAAGUCCCAGGGAAUUUUUUUCAGUGGGAUCUUUCAAUACAUAUUUAUGAUUCUGAAACAGCAAUGUGGGUGACCUCUUUGAAAGAAGUUUCGACUGGGUGGAGGGGUGGGGAUGAGAGUAUGAUCUGUGAUGGGGUGCUGUACUUUUUAAUUUACUCAACUGGGGGUGGCACUCCAGAGAAUCGCCAUGGUCUAAUUACGUACAAUCUUUCUGGCAGAUCUUCACAUGGUGUGUUAAUAAAAAGCUUCAUUCCUGUACCUUGCCCUCUCACUUGUGGACGUCUUAUGAACCUGAAGGAGAAGCUGGUAAUGGUGGGAGGAAUUGGGAAACCUGAUCGACCUGACAUAAUCAAAGGAAUUGGCAUCUGGGUUUUGAAUGGUAAAGAGUGGCAAGAAGUGACACGUAUGCCUCACAAGUUUUUCCAAGGAUUCGGUGAAUUUGAUGAUGUUUUUGCUAGCAGUGGUACGGAUGAUUUGAUCUACAUCCAGAGCUAUGGAGCCCCUGCUCUUCUUGUUUAUGACAUGAACCAGAAGCACUGGAAAUGGUCACAGAAGUGUCCGGUGAUAAAGAGGUUCCCACUCCAGCUCUUUACUGGCUUUUCCUUUGAACCUAGGCUUGAAACAUCUCCAUAAUGUGGUUUCUUAUUGGAUUUGUGUUGCAAAAAUGGCAUUUGUCUGAAAAUCCCAUAUUUUUCUCUUUCCCUUUUUGAUUCAUUUCCAAUCAUUGUCAAAACUAUGUUUCAAAAUGUUUACACAGAAUGUACGAGCAUUUACCGCUGCUCAGUCUAUGAAAGUGGGAAUUUUCACUCUUGUUGGAAAAUGCUGCACUUGGAAAUGGAAGCUUAGGACUUAUCACUUAUCAGUUAAUCCCAGAUUGCCAGAGUAAUGUUUUUA